AUGGGGCUUCUUGACAAGCUGUGGGAUGACACCGUGGCUGGCCCCCGGCCGGAGUCAGGCCUCGGCAAACUGCGAAAGUACUCCAACUUCGUCGCGCCGCGGAUCGACACUUCAGUCAAAGGUGAGGAACUCUGGCGUGGAUCUGAUCAUCGGAGAUGCCUGCGGGGAGAAUGAACCAGUCUGGUCGUCCGAUCUGGCACUGGUUCCGCUCAGAUCCGGCUUUCUCUCGUUGUUGUUCGAUCUCACUUCUUAUGGUGGCCUGCCUGUGGUAGUGGCAGAGAUAGCGGGGGACAUGGGGAGGACUGGAGGCGGAGAGGACUCGCCGGAGGCGACGCCGCGGGUGACGCGGAGCAUAAUGAUCAAGAGGCCGUCGGGGAGCCCCGCGGCGACGCCGCCGGAGUCGCCGGCGGGGUCGACUCCUCCGUUAUCGCCGUUCUUCGGUAAGGGUUUUUUUGCCGAUCCAGUACUAAACUACAAAACGGAAAAGUUAAAACGAUGUGAACGAUGGACAGUUAAGAUGACUGAAUUACCCUCGGAAAUAUCCCGAGAUACGCCUACUCGAGAGGGCACAUUUUAGUACUUUCGGAACAGAAGAGACGAUUCGUCACCCUGCCGGUCUAGAGAAGAGGAAUUUUUGGAAGGUUCCGGAAGUUCUCGAGACGAGACCGUGGCUGUCGUUUUCACGCUCCGUCAUUACAGUGAAAAUUUUAGUCUAACGAAUCUAAAGGCUGCUGUCAUCCCUCUCAAAUAAAGUGUCUCAAAAUCUCAGGUGGCGGCGGGCGGAGGGAGUGGAACCGGUUCCGCCGGAAAUCCACGUCCGACGCGUACGACAGAGCGGCAGCGGCGGGCGGCAGCGGCGGGGGAGUCACGCCGACGGCGGCGGCGCCGUCCAGCAGACCUUCUUUCCCUCCCUUCGAAGUGUAA